UGCGUCUGCUCCGAGAGUCAGGGAGCCGCUGAGUGCGCGCGCGGUGCGGAAGCUCGUUGAAGGUAACGCGAGCGGCACAGGGGGCGGGUUUGUCGUCCUCGCCCUGUCAGCAGCGGGAGGUAGGUGAUGAAGUUGCCGAUUUCCAGCGGCUCUCCUCCACCCUCUGGCUAUCGCCGCCAUUAUGUCCGUCAUCGCCACUAUAGAACAGGAGUUUCAGGAGGUCGACGCUGCUAACGACUGGCAGGCCCGCUACUUGGAUAUUCGGCAUCAAUCUAGUGAUUAUCCUCAUAAAGUGGCAAAGUAUGCAGAAAACCGAAAUCGGAACAGAUACAGAGAUGUUAGCCCAUAUGAUCACAGUCGUGUAAUACUACAGAAUACUGACAAUGAUUACAUCAAUGCCAGCUUGGUGGUUAAUGAAGAAGCUCAAAGAAAUUAUAUAUUAACACAGGGUCCACUUCCUAACACAUGUUGCCAUUUCUGGCUAAUGAUUUGGCAACAAAAGACCAAAGCAGUUGUCAUGCUUAAUAGAAUUGUUGAGAAAGAUUCGGUGAAGUGUGCACAGUACUGGCCAACAAAAGAAGAGGAACCAAUGAUAUUCAGAGAAACAGGAUUUUGUGUGAGGCUAAAGUCUGAAGAUGUCAAAUCAUACUAUACUGUACGACAGCUCCAGCUAGAAAGUAUCAAUACUGGUGAAUCCAGGGUAAUACUACAUUUUCACUAUACUACAUGGCCAGAUUUUGGAGUUCCUGAAUCCCCAGCUUCAUUCCUCAACUUCUUGUUUAAAGUCAGAGAAUCUGGAUCUCUGAGUUCUGAACAUGGACCUGCAGUCAUUCACUGUAGUGCUGGAAUUGGACGCUCUGGUACAUUUUCAUUGGUAGACACAUGUCUUAUCAUGAUGGAAAAAAGAAAAGACCCAUUUCACGUAGAUAUCAAGCAAAUAUUAUUGAAUAUGAGAAAAUAUCGGAUGGGACUGAUUCAGACUCCUGAUCAACUAAGAUUUUCAUAUAUGGCUGUAAUAGAAGGAGCAAAAUAUAUAAUGGGGGAUUCCACUAUGCAGUAUCGCUGGAAGGAACUCUCAAAAGAAGACCAAGCACCAAGUUCUGAAUGCUCUCCUCCGCAGCCAACUAAACUUAUUGUAGAGAAGUACAAUGGGAAUAGCAUGGGUUUAGAAGAACAGGAGCAAGGGGAGAACAUAAAUGUUGAUCUGCUUUCUCCCAUACAAAAUACUUCGGAUACAAAUGAAGACAAGGCUUUACGGAAACGGCUGAGAGAAGACAAAAAAGCUAACACAGCACAGAUGGUGCAGCAGAUGAAACAUAGGCUGAGUGAAUCUGAAAGAAAAAGAAAAAGGCCGAGAGUGACUGACGCCUAAAUUGCCAAGACUUGAGAAUGUUCUUCAGCUAUAAUAACACACUAUUGACAUGCAAAACAGGACAUCACUGUUCUUCAGGAAAAAAAAAAAUGAGGUCUGAGCAAUACACAAGCGGCCUCAUAAAUAUCUGUUUACAGCGUAAACAAACAGGGAAUGAAGUACAUCACCAGCAAGAGACUUUGCAAAAUAGAAUUUGUCUUACGUGUUUUAUGCUUGUAUUAAUUGUAGAGUUGUAAGAUCACAUUUACAAAAUACUUUGUACUGCCAUUCUUGUAUUUUUUUUAAUAUUUUUGGCAGCAUUAAAUAUUUUUUUUAAUUUAUAUACUG